AUUAAUAUUCAUGAGCACGCCUCCGCCAUAGUAGGUUAGUCGCAGAGCAGCGUGAUUCAUCUCCAUGGCUGCUCUUUUUACUAGAAAAUGCGGCGGUAUCUUCGUGUGUUGUUCGUCUGCACGCUACUAGUCUUCUGCUCGGUGCUCUACAUAUUUAAUCAGCUGGUGUCGUCGCUGGAGAGCGCGAAUCAUCAGGCGCGAGCGCAGCGGACACGCGCAGCGGAGCCAGGCCUGAGUGAACGCGCGCAAGAUGACAGGUGUAAUUCAGGCUCUGUCACUCAUUGGAAGCCGUAUUGGAGAUUCCCGGCUGCCGUGUGCCGAAUCGACUGCUUUACGGACUUGCCUCUUAGGUCUCGUUCGGAGCCGGUCGGGCUGGCGGUGGUGGCCUGCGGAUCCAGGCUGGAGGAAACGCUCACCAUGCUGAAAUCUGCCGUCCUCUUCAGCCGCAGAGAUUUGCACUUUCAUAUCUUCGCAGAAGACGACCUGCACUCCGGCUUCAGACAGGCGCUGGAGUCGUGGCCGCAGAGGUUUCGCUCCAGGUUCAACUACAGCGUUUAUCCCAUCACCUUCCCCAGCGACAACGCCAGAGAGUGGAAGAGGCUCUUCAAACCCUGCGCUUCACAGAGACUCUUCCUUCCUCUGAUUUUGAAGCAGGUGGACUCUGUGCUGUACGUGGACACGGAUAUCCUGUUCCUGCGGCCGGUGGAGGACAUCUGGAGCUUCCUGUCGGCGUUUAACCGCAGUCACGUGGCCGCGAUGGCACCCGAGCACGAGGAGCCGCGGAUCGGCUGGUACAACCGCUUCGCGCGACACCCGUACUACGGCAAGACCGGCGUGAACUCCGGAGUCAUGCUGAUGAACAUGACACGCAUCAGAGCCAAACUCUUCAAGAACGACAUGACGGCAGUGAAUCUGAAGUGGGCCGAUCUGCUGAUGCCUCUGCUGCACAAAUACAAGCUCAACAUCACCUGGGGAGACCAAGACCUGCUCAACAUCAUAUUCCACCAUAACCCAGAGAGUCUGUUUGUGUUCCCGUGCCAGUGGAAUUACCGCCCGGAUCACUGUAUUUACGGCAGCAACUGCGUCGCCGCCGAACAGCACGGCAUUUACAUUCUCCACGGCAACCGAGGGGUUUACCAUGACGACAAGCAACCGGCGUUCAGAGCCGUUUAUGAUGUCAUUCAGCAGUUUCCGUUUGAAGAAGAUCCAGUCCGUGGUUUGCUCGUCCCGCUGGAGGAGAAGCUGGAGAGCACCGAACACACGUACUGCGGCCGAAUCCGACACGUCUUCACCAAACGACUGCGCCAGACUGUCACAGAACUUCAGAGAGAGACCGACAAAACACGACAUGAGCUGGAGGUUUGAGCUUACUGUACAUCUGUGAGGAUGGACCAGUGUUCUCACAGCCACUGACAUCUCAGAUAUCAUCCAGACGAUCAGCUGCUGACAAUCAGUGUUCACAAACACACGUAUCUCUACUGUGUGCCUAAAAUACUGUCAAUGAGUCUCGCAUGUGACAGACUGCAGAGAUGUCCUGCGAUUGAUUGAACAAACUCUCAUGUUCUUCCUCAGUGUUUUUGUCUUGUUUUCCAGUACAAAUAUCUGCCAGUGGAGUCAGAAAAAUAAACUUAAUUUAAAGAAAAAAACAAGAUUAUUUUUCUGACCCCAUUGGCAGAUGAUGUUUUAAGCACAAACUUAAUAUAUAUGUUGAUUUGAUCAUCUUUGUACUGGAAAACAGGACAGAAACACUGAGGAAGAACGUCAUGAAGUGUCUGGUUAGGACAGAUAUAUAUUUUAAUAAGAACAACAUGAGUGAGUUCAUAUUAGUGUUCAUAUAUCGGCUCUUCUCUAUGAGACUCAUGGGAUAUAAAGUGAUUCCAGACCAGCACUCAAUUAUAAGUUCCACUUAUUAUUAUUUGACUUUUUCAUAACCUCCAUGCACAAGACGCCCACGUUCAUCUUUAUUUCUGGUUCUCCAUGAAAUUCAGUGAUAUUCAGAAUACUAAACAAGCUAUUAUGAAUGUGAAAAACAAUUCAGAUUCUUCAGAUUUACACAAAAAUCAUCGGUGCUUUUAUACAAAAACUUGAUACAUUUGUAUUAUUAUUGAUCUUUAUAACGCAUGUCUGAAAAUAUAAAUGUGGGAUUUUAUGGUUGUUUGUGAUGCUCAAUACCAUUUGAAAAUGAUUUAAUAUUUUAAUUAUUGUUAUUUUUUGACAACUUUGGCAAUGAUCCUGUUUGAAACAGUAUCUGUCAUAAAAAAACAUUUGUGAAAACAUUGGGUCACAUUCACCCACAAACAAAUAAAUUAAUAAAACAUUUUUAUCAGCCCUACCCUCUUUAAUAUUACAAUAAAAAUACUGAUAUAUAUCAUCAUUUAAAUCUGUCAGGUUAUUUGUAAUAUUAAGUAGAUGUGCUCUGAUGUGUUAAUGAGAAUUUUACUGAUUAAUUUAAAUGUAGAAAUUUGAGAAAAAAAAAAAAAACAUAAGUUGAAGAUAUAUUUGUAAAUGUCUAUCAUUAAAAUCUAAGAGUGUCUGUAUUGCCAAAUGUGUCUGCAGUGCCGACAUCUGAAUCAAACAGUAUAUUUUUGUAAUAAAAGUAAUUUGUCUCUGAA